AUAAUCAACGCAGAAGAAAGAAAGAAAAAAACAAAACAAAACAAAAAAAAGUAUUUGUAAGUUGAAAUUGUAAAAGUCAGUCUCUUCCCUUGUCCGCUAUUGUUACGACGUUUCACUAACGAAACGAGGGCUCUACGUAAUUUUCCGAUGCCCAGUCGUCGGAGACAUAGCUACACCGGCGGAUCUUCUCCUGCUGCAACCGCUUCUUCUUCUUACAGCAUAACGAGUUCUAUCACCGAUCGUUCCUUCCCUAGCCCUACACCUACCCCCACCGACAAAUCCACUAGCUCCGUCGCCAGUUGGAUCUCCCGCAUCUUCAUCAACUGCUUCACUCCUCCCGAUUCCGUUUCCUCCAAAAAUUUCAACGAUUCUAAUAAGUCCUCUUCUUCCGAACAUAAUAGAAGGAGCUCAACUGGAAGUUUGCAGAGGCAUAAUAAUGGGAAUGCUAACGAAACAGAGCAUUCAAGAUUCACCUUCCAUGAAAUCUACGACGCUACCAAGAACUUCUCCCCAUCCUUCAGGAUCGGCCAAGGAGGUUUUGGCACUGUUUACAAGGUCAAACUUAGAGAUGGCACUACCUUUGCUGUCAAACGGGCCAAAAAGAGUAUGCACGACGACCGUCAAGGUGCAGAGUUUAAGAGUGAGAUUCAGACCUUGGCUCAAGUUACACACUUGAGUCUGGUCAAAUAUUAUGGAUAUGUGGUGCACGAUGACGAGAAGAUUCUCAUUGUCGAGUAUGUAGCCAAUGGAACUCUCAGAGAUCACUUGGAUUGCAAGGAAGGAAAGGUUCUAGACAUGGCCACUCGGCUAGAUAUCGCAACAGAUGUAGCUCAUGCCAUUACCUAUCUUCACAUGUAUACACAGCCACCUAUCAUCCAUAGAGACAUAAAGUCUUCGAACAUUCUCCUCACUGAGAAUUUCAGAGCCAAGGUUGCAGAUUUCGGUUUCGCAAGAUUAGCUCCAGAUACCGAAUCAGGAGCCACACAUGUCUCAACACAAGUCAAAGGAACCGCAGGUUACCUGGACCCUGAGUACUUAACAACGUAUCAACUCACAGAGAAAAGCGACGUCUACUCCUUUGGUGUCCUGCUCGUCGAGAUUCUCACAGGUCGACGUCCCAUUGAGCUUAGCAGGGGACAAAAAGAACGCAUCACCAUUAGAUGGGCGAUCAAGAAGUUCACGAGUGGGGAUACGAUUUCGGUAUUGGACCCGAAGCUAGAACAAAGUCCAGCGAACAACUUAGCAUUAGAGAAGGUAUUGGAGAUGGCGUUUCAGUGUCUAGCUCCUCAUAGAGGUUCGAGACCAAGCAUGAAAAAAUGCAGUGAGAUUUUGUGGGGAAUUCGUAAGGAUUACAGAGAGCUGCUCAACACAACUAGUCUUUGAGAUUCUUCUCUACUCUAUGGUUUAGAAAAAAAAACACUAUCAUUACUCAUUAUUUUGAAUAUUAAUUUGUCAUAUUGCACGAUGAUUCUUGUACGAGAGAAUUGUUAAUUUGUAGUAAUUGUUUUCUUUUCUGAAACUUAAUAAUACUAACCUGUAUGUGAUAUUAAUAAA